UUUCCAAAUGGAGCUUAAAACCCGGAGGAAAAGGCUGGGAGCGCCUGUAUCCCUGCUCUGGUGCACCUUGUGUCUGCUGGUUCUGCCUUCAUCGUCCACCUCCCACCAUGAGUCCGAUGACUCCAGUCUACUGCAGGUGACCAUCCCCAUAAACCCCCCCGUCUUGACUGUCCUGGGAGGCUCCCUGACUCUCCCCUGCCUGAUCUCCCUCGCCCACCCACCUCCCUCGCCCUCCUCCUACGGUCGCCUGGCUGUGCUCUCCCUGCCCCGGGUCAAGUGGACUGUGGUAAGGGCGGGCGGCGAGGAGACGGAGAUCCUGGUGGCCAGCGGGGACAGGGUGAAGGUGAGCGAGGCAUACAGGGAGCGAGUGUCCCUCCCUCACUACGCCGCCUCCCCCGCAGACCUGACCCUGAUGCUGAACGGGCUCCGGCACAACGACUCAGGCUUCUACCGCUGUGAGGUGCAGCAGGGCCUGGAGGACGCACACGACGUGGUGCUGGUCAAAGUCAAGGGUGUGGUCUUUCACUACCGCUCUGUUUCCAGCCGCUAUGCCUUCACCUUUGAGCAGGCCCGAGAAGCCUGUGAGGACAUCGGGGCUGAGAUGGCCUCUCCACAGCAUCUGUACGCAGCCUACGCCAGCGGCUUUGAGCUGUGCGACGCGGGGUGGCUGUCCGACCACUCCGUCAGAUAUCCGAUUCACAUGCCCAGGGAAGGCUGUUUGGGGGAUUUGGAUGAACAGCCCGGAGUCAGGAACUAUGGCAUUUUAGAGCCAGAUGAACUGUACGACGUGUACUGUUAUGUAGAAGACAUCAGAGGUGAGGUCUUCCAUGGCACUUCCCCAGAGCGCUUCACCUUCUGGGAGGCAAAGUCCUUCUGUCAGGGACUGGGAGCAGAGCUGGCCUCCACCGCUCAGCUGUACGCCGCCUGGAAUGACGGUCUGAACCACUGCAGCCCCGGGUGGCUGGCAGAUGGCAGUGUGCGCUACCCCAUCGUCACCCCCAGAGAGCGCUGUGGAGGAAAGGAGCCCGGGGUCAGGACGGUCUAUCGCUUCAACAACCAGACCGGCUUCCCAGAGCCACACACUAAACAUGAUGUGUACUGCUUCAGAGGUGAGAAUGAUGUUUACACAGACUCCCCUCAGGGCGAGCCUGCCACAGAGCCCGAGGACAUGGACCACGACAUCAUUUUCUCCACUCACUCAUAUAAAGAAGAAGACAUCGACCAAGUGACAUCUCAAGACAGUCCCAUGGUCCAACACACAGUAGAGUCCAUGGAAAACCACUCUGCCACUCCAGCACAAGAAUAUACUACAGAAGAUCAUCAUACUCCUGCACCUGAAGACCACCUAACAAUAACCGUUAAUGAAGAUAUAGUCAUAAAAAGCGAUUUUCAUGAGUCCUUUCAACAAGUUCCUUUAAGUUCAGAUUACACUACACAUCUAGAUGACAGUAGCGAGGCUGUAGAAUCUACUUCACCCAGUGUGGAAACUUUUGAGCACUUGGGCCAUAACACGACCGAAAACCUUGCCUUGAAUUCUCAUACUGAAAGUGAUUUUGCCAGUCCGCUUAAAGACCACACUGACCAUUUGGAAUUUGAAAUCAACAAUUCAACCAUAGUCCUUGAAGUUUCAGAGGAUUUUGAAGAAAAGACUACUAUCUGUGAGGAGAUGUCCCAGGUGACUGAUCCAACAGUAGAAGAGGAUUCGGGAGAAAUAGAUGAAUUAGAAGACAGCACAACAACAGAGGAGCCCAGACAGGAGAGCACAAAUCCUGCUCCUGAACGUCUACUCACUUUGAUUGUAACUGGAGCUUAUACAACUACUGCCACAGCAGAUCCUCCCUCCUCUGAAGUGCUUGAUGUCACAACAGAGGAGCCUCCAGACAAUCUACCUACACUCCAGAGUUCUGCUCUACCUUCUGAGGAGCCCACAUCUGAACCAUCUAUUGACACUGAUCAGUCACACACCUCCCAGUUUCUCCACAAAGUUACUUUCAUUUCAUCCACAUUUGUCACACUGCCCUCUAGCCCUGUGGAGGAGGAAGUCAGCUCCCAGAUCUCCACUCAAAUUCACCAAACCACUGAAGAAUCAGACAAAGGGCUAGAAGGAGAUAGUCGUGCUGAGAUGGUGAAUGCCACCAUAUUUGAGGAUGGGUCAGGGGAGUUCUCAGGUGAAGAAGUGGAAAUGAACGGACAUCGUUUUAGUCCAAAUCCUACAGCCAGAGUGGACAGCACAACAGUAGAUUCAGACUCCCAGCAGAUAACCCUGGUGUCUUAUGAGAGCGUGACACUGGGCUGGGAGCUGACGUCCGACGGGCCACCCCAAGAGUCCCGAUCUGAGGUACUCUACAGCCCCCUCACCACAGUGACAGGACAGGCUGAGGGAGAGACAGAGCAGGAGCACUUGACAGAAGCAACCGACAGGAACAUUAACGAGCCCUGGACUGAAGAGGACGACUCGAUGUCAUCAGGAGAAGUCUGUCCAUGGCAUUCUUAUGAGGAUACAUCAGAUGAUUCUGUUACCACAGACGUCCAGGACCUGCCCCUCUCCACUCCCACCCCCCAGGAAGUGACAGGAGAUGUGGAGGCGCACCUGGCCAUGGCUGCCUCUGUGCCGGAGGUCAGAAUGUCAUCUGUAGAUGUGCCAGACACCUGCUUGGAGAGCCCUUGUCUGAAUGGAGGAACAUGUAUUGAAGAAGAAGCUGAUGAAUAUAGAUGCGUCUGUCUGCCUGGAUACACUGGAGACUUGUGCCAGUCAGACUUGGGUGAGUGUGAGCCAGGCUGGGAUAAGUUCCAUGGCUUCUGUUAUCGUCACUUCUCCAGUCGUCAGAGCUGGGACACGGCCGAACAGCACUGCCGCCUGUGUGGAGCGCACCUGGUGUCUGUCAUGACCCCCGAAGAGCAGAACUACAUCAAUGAUAAAUUCAAAGAAUAUCAGUGGAUCGGACUGAAUGACAGAACUAUAGAGGGAGAUUUCCGCUGGUCAGAUGGCAGACCGCUGUUGUAUGAGAACUGGUCCAAAGGGCAGCCCGACAGCUACUUCCUGUCUGGAGAGGACUGUGCUGUGAUGGUGUGGCACGAGCAGGGCCAGUGGAGUGAUGUGCCCUGUAACUACCACCUGUCCUACACCUGCAAGAAGGGAGUCUCUUCAUGCGGUGAGCCUCCAAAGGUCCCACACGCUAAAGUGUUUGGCAGGAAGCGGUCACGUUAUGAGACCAGCUCCAUGGUACGUUACUACUGCGAGGACGGGUACAUCCAGAAACUCAACCCGGUCAUCCAGUGUCUGCCCAGCGGCCACUGGGAGGAGCCACAAGUUACAUGCAUUCCAACUUUCGCGCAUUUGAUGAAAGCGUCCUCGGUCACCACACCUCCUGCUGACAGCGCGGCCACACAGAAGUCUGCGCCGCAGUUUCGGUACAUCAAAUGGGACAUCUAAUUAUUAGAUUAUUAUUUUGUAUGUAUGACUGUAAUAACUACUGCACUGAAUCUAAAUGUUUGAAAUGUUGAAAAAUAGAUCCCAUAUUAUGACAUAUUAUCAUAGAUGGUAUAGGACAAUGGACAAUCUUGAUGUUAUGUGUCUUCUGAUUAUAGUUGAUUUCUUUUUUUUAAGUAAGAAAGUUAAGUAGAAAAUUAGUCAUGAAACUGUCUCUACUUAUAAGAGUUCUUUUGAGGCAGUAAAGUUGACCUAAAGAAGCACAGGAAAACCUAAACUGUAUAUUUUGCACUUUGCACAAUGUACAUUACCACAUAUAAAAACACAUAUAUCAUGUGACUGACACUUUCAGUUUAGACUGUAUCUGCAUUCUGACACUUUUCAAUAAUAAAAUAUCUCCCCCU